AUGAAACUAACUAGACCAGAUCAGUUCAAAGAAGCUCUUGUAAGAUUUUCAAUUCAAGAGAGAAGGGAGCUUAAGCUUGUGAGAAACACACAGAAGGAAGUUAGGGCUAAAUGUGUUAGGACUUCAUGCCCUUUUCAGAUUUAUGCUUCUGAGGAAACAGAAAGCAAAGCAUUUUUGGUCAAGACCUACAAUCCAGAGCAUACUUGCAUGGUUACAUUCAAGAAUAGAAGAGUGACUACUAAGUGGUUGGCUAAGAAUUACUUGUGCAAAUACAAGUCCCUUGCACGCAUGAGAUUAGUUGACUUGCAAUCCUUAAUGAGAACUGAUCUUAGGUUAGCCAUGAGCUUAACUAAAGUAAAAAGGGCUGUCUUUCAAGCAAAUCUAAUACUUGAAGGUGAGGUUAAGGAAGAGUUUACAUUGUUAUGGGAUUACCUUGAAGAGAUUAGAAGAUCAAAUGUUGGCAGCACAGCUGUUAUGAAAGUUGAAAGACCUUUGCCUGAGUCUUUGCCAAUGUUUCAGAGGUUAUACAUCAAUUUUGACUGUUUGAAGAAAGGAUUGCUACAUGGAUGUAGAAGGGUGAUUGGGCUAGAUGGAUGCUUUCUGAAAGGAAAUGUUAAAGGAGAGAUUCUAGCAGCUGUUGGGAGGGAUGGAAACAAUCAAAUGUUUCCAGUGGCUUGGGCUCUAGUUGACACAGAAAGAAGAGAAACAUGGGACUGGUUCAUCCAGUUGCUUGCAGAUGAUCUUGGACUCAAUCUAGGUCAGGAUGGGUUAUUAUCACUGAUUAACAAAAGGUAA